AUGUGGGACAGUAGAUGCUAGAUCCAAGUGGCCUAAUGGAUCUUUUACGUCAGGGGGAGGAGCCACGACACGCUAUGUGGGACUAAGGAGGAAGAGAAGGGUUGAGGCUAGAUCCAAGUGGUCUAAGGCACCUUUUCCGUCAGGGGGAGGAGCCACGACACAAGAGGGAGGAGCUACGCCAGCGGGACAGUUGCUGUAGUAUCCACGCCACCAACUAUUACCUUUUGCCCGAAGCGUGGCGAGCGAAAUUUUCGGGUACCUUGUUCGGCCGUAGCUCCUCCCCCUGUUGACGGGUCUCCUCCCCUAGGAAAUGGAUGUAAAAAUGGAAUCAGAGUAUGGUAAUAACAUAGAAGAUCUACUGGGCGAAAUUAAGCAGGAAGAUGCAGAAGAAGAAUUGCCACAUGCAGAGGUUGUAGACAUAUUCCAGGAAGGGCUUGCCAUGUUAGUACAAGACCCUUUGCUGUGUGAUUUACCUAUACAGGUUACAUUAGAAGAAAUCAAUUCACAGAUUGCGCUUGAAUUUGGUCAGGCGAUGACUGUCAGGGUGUGUAAGGCAGAUGGGGAAGUGAUGCCUGUAGUUGUUAUUCAGAAUGCCACCGUUCUCGAUUUAAAGAGAGCCAUACAGCGGUACAUUCAGCUAAAGCAUCAGCGGGAAGGGGGCAUUCAGCAUAUUAGUUGGAAAUAUGUGUGGAGAACAUACCAGUUGUCGUUUUCUGGAGAGAAGCUGGAUAAUGAUGAGAAAUGUAUUCGUGAAUAUGGUAUUAAAAACAGAGACGAGGUGGCUUUUGUGAAGAGGCUUAAAAAAAAGUAGUGUCAUGGUUCUCGCAUGGCUCAUUCAUACAUUAAUAGGAUCAAUCAAUAACCAGCAGUGGCCUGGAUGCUCUAACGACUACAAUACAUUGAACAGUCAAGAUACUAUGAGGGUGCAACCUGAGGGUUGUGUGUCAGUUCAUGGGCUCUGGAAAAUACAGAUAUAUUGUAAUGUAAAUAGAAAUUACCUGUUUUUAUAUUAUUAUUAUUAUUAUUUUUAAUUAAACAGCCACUAAACACAUGCCAUUGCAAUGUACUUAUUCAGUGUUUUGAAUAAAAUGAUUACAUUAUG